AUGGUGAAGAGGAAAAAGUCGGAAGGCCAGGAGCAGGGGAGCGGCCGAGGCAUCCCGCUGCCUAUCCAGACCUUCCUCUGGAGGCAAACCAGUGCAUUUUUGAGACCCAAACUGGGAAAACAAUAUGAAGCUUCCUGUGUGUCAUUUGAAAGAGUUUUGGUCGAGAACAAGCUUCAUGGUCUUUCUCCAGCCCUUUCUGAAGCCAUCCAGAGCAUUUCUCGCUGGGAACUGGUCCAAGCUGCCUUGCCACAUGUACUUCACUGCACAGCCACUCUGCUUUCAAAUAGGAACAAGUUAGGACAUCAGGACAAACUUGGAGUAGCAGAGACAAAGCUCCUUCACACUCUGCACUGGAUGUUGCUGGAAGCACCUCAGGACUGCAGCAAUGACCACUUUGGUGGAGGAGGAGUGGGAGGAGACAGGGGAUCCAGCUGGAGGGGCAGCAGCAGCGCAUUCAUCCACCAGAUUGAAAACCAGGGAUCUCCAGGACAUCCAAGGCAUGACAGUACCAAUGAAGAGGAAGAAAAUAACAGAAGGAAGUUUUUUCAGAAUUCCAUGGCUACCGUGGAGCUCUUUGUGUUCCUGUUUGCUCCUCUGGUUCAUAGGAUUAAAGAAUCUGAUCUGACUUUUCGUCUGGCCAGUGGCCUUGUUAUUUGGCAGCCAAUGUGGGAGCACCGGCAACCUGAAGUUACUGCCUUUACUGCACUGGUUAAACCCAUCAGGAAUAUAAUCACAGCCAAGAGAAGUUCUCCGAUCAAAAACCAGACCCUGACAUGUGAAUCUCCUAAUCUGGAUGCUGGGCGUACCGAGGGACUGCAGGUAGUGUGUGAAACAGCCCAGCCAGACUCCAUGCCUCUGAAGCCUGCUUUUUCAGGCUGUCACCGUGGAAACUCCAUUGAGGGAAGUGUCUCAUCCCAAGCAUCCCAGGAGAAAGGACCACCAUAUCCUAGGGCAUCUUUGGUGAUCCCACCAUGCCAGAAGUCCCGAUAUGCCACCUACUUUGACGUGGCAGUAUUACGCUGCCUGCUACAGCCAUAUUGGUCAGAGGAAGGCACGCAGUGGUCCCUGAUGUAUUACCUCCAGAGGCUGCGCCACAUGAUAGAGGAGAAGCCUGAGAAGCCACCUGAGCCAGAAGUCUCUCAGCUGCCGAGGCCCCGCAGCAGUUCUAUGGUGGCUGCUGCUCCUUCACUGGUGAACACUCACAAAACACAGGAUCUCACAAUGAAGUGCAAUGAGGAAGAAAAAUCUUUAAGCACUGAAGCUUUUGCCAAAGUGUCACUAACUAACCUACGCAGACCAGCAGUUCCAGAUCUUUCCUCUGAUUUGGGAAUGAAUAUCUUUAAGAAGUUCAAGAGUCGCAAAGAGGAUCGUGAACGCAAGGGCUCCAUUCCAUUCCAUCACACAGGAAAGAAGCGACAGCGGAGGAUGGGAAUGCCCUUCUUGCUCCACGAAGACCACUUGGAUGUGUCACCCACUCGGAGCACAUUCUCGUUUGGCAGUUUCUCUGGGAUCGGUGAAGACAGACGUGGCAUUGAGAGAGGAGGAUGGCAAACCACUAUCUUAGGGAGGUUUACCAGGAGGGGCAGCUCUGAUACAGCAACAGAGAUGGAAAGCUUGAGUGCUAGACAUUCCCAUUCCCAUCAUACUCUAGUUACUGAUGUGCCAGACCACUCUAACAGCCAUGUACGUUCUCAAAUUUCCACCAUCACAGUGGCAACUUUCAACACUACACUGGCCUCUUUCAAUGUGGGCUAUGCAGACUUCUUCAGUGAGCACAUGCGCAAGAUCUGCAACCAGGUGCCUAUACCAGAGAUGCCCCAUGAGCCCCUGGCAUGUGCCAAUCUUCCUCGCAGUCUGACAGAUUCCUGCAUCAACUAUAGUUGCCUGGAGGAUACAGAUCAUAUAGAUGGGACCAGCAACUUUGUCCACAAGAACGGCAUGCUGGAUCUUUCGGUGGUCCUGAAGGCCGUUUACUUGGUCCUAAAUCAUGACAUCAGCUCCCGAAUCUGUGAUGUUGCCCUCAAUAUUGUGGAAUGCCUUCUUCAGCUUGGUGUGGUGCCCUGUGUGGAGAAGAUCAGAAGGAAAAGUGAGAACAAAGAGAAUGAAUCCACUGAGAAGAGACAAAGUGAAACCUCCUUUCAACUUAAAGGGGCUUUGAGUAGUUCAACAUCUGGAUUUGGGGCUGUCCCAAUCAUUGGAACUGGAGACGGUGGUGGUGAAGGAGGAGGAGGAGGAGGAGGAGGAGGUGGUGGUGGUGAUGGAGGAGGAGGUGGAGGAGGAGAAGGUGGAGGAAGACCUUAUGAAAAGAAUGAUAAAAAAGAAGACAAGGAGGAAAGUACACCAGUAAGUACCCACAGGCUGGCCCUGACAAUGCUGAUAAAAAUUGUGAAGUCUUUGGGCUGCGCUUAUGGCUGUGGAGAAGGUCACCGAGGACUCUCUGGAGAUCGCCUGAGACAUCAGGUAUGGCAAUGAAACAAGGCUCAAAACUGCCUCACAAAGUUGUACAAAUUGGAUAAAAUGCAGUUCCGGCAGACCAUGAGGGACUAUGUGAACAAGGAUUCACUCAACAAUGUGGUGGAUUUUUUACACGCAUUGCUAGGAUUCUGCAUGGAGCCAGUCACAGACAACAAGGCUGGUUUUGGAAAUAACUUUGCUACAGUAGACAACAAGUCUACAGCCCAAAGUGUGGAAGGUAUUAUUGUUAGUGCCAUGUUCAAAUCACUCAUCACCCGCUGUGCCUCUACAACACAUGAGCUCCAUAGUCCUGAGAAUCUGGGAUUGUACUGUGACAUCCGACAACUGGUUCAGUUUAUCAAGGAGGCUCAUGGAAAUGUCUUCAGAAGAGUAGCUCUUAGUGCCCUUUUGGAUAGUGCCGAGAAGUUGGUACCAGGGAAAAAAGCAGAGGAAACUACAGAACAGGAACCCAAACCAUCAGGGAGUAAAAGAUCCGAAGUAGGAACUGUUGUUAUUGACAAAGGGCAGGGAACUUCUGCUCCUGAUGAAUGCCGUAGUUACAUUUCGAGCCGUCCAAUGCAGACUCCAGAGCAUGAUGAACAAAUGCAAGGAGCCUCCCUAGGCCGCAAAGAUUUCUGGAGAAAGAUGUUCAAAUCACAGAGUGCAGCAAGUGAUACUAGCAGCCAAUCUGAGCCUGAUACCUCAGAAUGCACAACUGCGCACUCAGGGACAACCACUGAGAGGAGAUCUCGCUCCCGCUCAAGACGGAUCUCACUCCGAAAGAAACUCAAACUCCCCUUAGGGAACUGGCUGAAACGCUCAUCCCUUUCUGGCCUUGCAGAUGGUGUAGAAGACCUUCUGGAUAUAAGCUCAGUAGACCGACUCUCUUUCAUCAGGCAGAGUUCCAAGGUGAAAUUCAAUAGUGCAGUGAAGCUGUCAGAAGGAGGUCCAGGAAGUGGCCUGGAGAAUGGGCGUGAUGAAGAGGAGAAUUUCUUCAAGCGGCUUGGUUGUCAGACCUAUGAUGAUCAUCUGGCUUCCAACCAGGAGGGGAGUAAAUCCAAGAACAUUGUGAAUCUGGGAGCAAUACGACAAGGCAUGAGGCGCUUUCAGUUUCUCUUAAACUGUUGCGAGCCAGGGACAAUCCCUGAUGCCUCAAUUCUGGCAGCUGCCCUGGAUCUUGAAGCACCAGUAGUGGCAAGAGCAGCCCUUUUCCUGGAAUGUGCCCGCUUUGUUCACCGCUGUAACCGUGGCAACUGGCCAGAAUGGAUGAAGGGACACCACGUGAAUAUCACUAAAAAGGGCCUUUCCCGUGGGCGCUCCCCAAUAGUGGGGAAUAAACGGAAUCAGAAGUUACAGUGGAAUGCAGCCAAACUCUUCUACCAGUGGGGAGAUGCUAUUGGAGCCCGUCUCAAUGAACUUUGCCAUAGUGAGAAUGAGAGCCCAGCCAAUCUGUUGGGCCUCAUUUAUGAUGAGGAGACCAAGAGGAGGCUGAGAAAGGAGGAUGAGGAAGAAGACUUUUUAGAUGACAGCACUGUGAAUCCCACCAAAUGUUGUUGUCCUUUUGCUCUAAAGAUGGCAGCAUGUCAACUUCUCUUAGAGAUCACAACAUUUCUUCGAGAAACCUUUCCCUAUAUGCCCAGGCCACGUACAGAACCUCUUGUGGACCUGGAGAGCUGCAGAUUGCGUUUGGAUCCUGAGAUGGACCGACACAGGUAUGAGAGGAAGAUCAGCUUUGCUGGGGUCCUGGAUGAAAAUGAAGAUGCAAAAGAUUCUUUGCACAGCAGCAGCCAUACCCUGAAAUCUGACACAGGUUGUGAAGAGAAGAAAGUUCCCAGCAGGAAGAUCAGGAUAGGAGGCUCCCGCUUGCUCCAGAUUAAAGGAACCCGCAGUUUCCGGGUGAAGAAAGGGGGUUCCCUGUCCAGCAUUCGCCGGGCCGGCAGCCUAAAGAGCACCAAGUUAUCCCGUCAGGACUCAGAGUCUGAGAAUGAGGAGCUGCAGCUGUCCCACAGCAGGGACACUGUCACUGACAUAGAAGGGAGCCCUUGGAGCACGAGUGAGCCCAGUAUAGAACCUGAAGUGCUGAGCAGCACUGGCACAGAAGAGAACUAUCAUCGCAAUAUGUCUUGGCUGCAUGUGAUGAUCCUGCUGUGCAACCAGCAGAGUUUCAUUUGUACUCACAUUGAUUACUGCCACCCUCAUUGUUACCUGCAUCAUAGCCGUUCUUGUGCCCGCCUUGUCCGGGCCAUCAAACUCCUAUAUGGAGAUACUGUGGAUUCGCUUAGGGAAAAUAACAUACUAAACAACGUUGUUCGGGGCAAAAAGCAGAAAGAGUGUUCAGACAAGUCCUGCCUGAGAACCCCAUCCCUGAAAAAAAGAGUGUUGGAUUCCAACCUUGACGGAAAGAAGGACUCUGGGAUGUUGAAGUACAUAAGGCAGCAGGUGAUGAGUUUGUCACCAGCACCUCUAUCACUGUUAAUCAAGGCAGCGCCUGUCCUCACGGAAGAGAUGUACGGGGACAUCCAGCCUGCUGCCUGGGAGUUACUGCUCAGUAUGGAUGAGCACAUGGCUGGUGCAGCAGCUGCCAUGUUCCUCCUGUGUGCUGUGAAAGUGCCAGAAGCUGUAUCAGAUAUGCUGAUGUCUGAAUUUCAUCAUCCUGAGGCAGUGCAAAGGUUGAAUGCCAUUCUCAAGUUCCAUACCCUCUGGAGAUUUAGGUAUCAAGUCUGGCCUCGGAUGGAAGAAGGAGCUCAGCAGAUAUUUAAGAUUCCUCCACCAAGCAUUAAUUUUACCCUACCAUCCCCGGUACUGGGAAUGCCAUCUGUCCCCAUGUUUGAUCCUCCAUGGGUUCCACAGUGCAGUGGAAGUGUGCAGGACCCCAUUAAUGAAGAUCAAUCCAAAUCAUUUUCAGCCCGGGCAGUAUCACGUUCUCAUCAACGAGCAGAGCACAUUCUGAAGAACCUGCAGCAAGAAGAAGAGAAAAAACGUCUGGGCCGAGAAGCUAGUCUCAUCACUGCCAUUCCUAUCACCCAGGAGGCUUGUUAUGAGCCCACCUGCUCCCCAAACUCUGAGCAAGAAGAGGAAGUAGAAGAAGUUUCCAACCUGGCAUCUCGCCGAUUGUCUGUGAGUCCAUCAUGCACUUCUAGUACAUCUCAUAGGAACUACUCCUUUCGUCGUGGCUCAGUAUGGUCAGUGCGUUCAGCAGUCAGUGCUGAAGAUGAAGAACACACAACAGAACACACCCCAAAUCAUCAUGUCCCUCAACCUCCACAGGCAGUCUUCCCAGCCUGUAUUUGUGCAGCUGUGCUCCCUAUUGUUCACUUAAUGGAAGAUGGAGAAGUUCGGGAAGAUGGAGUAGCAGUGAGUGCUGUGGCACAGCAAGUCCUAUGGAACUGUCUCAUUGAAGAUCCUUCUACAGUUCUUCGGCAUUUUCUAGAGAAACUAACUAUCAGUAAUCGACAGGAUGAACUGAUGUACAUGCUGCGGAAACUUCUGCUCAACAUUGGAGACUUUCCUGCUCAGACAUCUCAUAUUCUCUUUAAUUACUUGGUGGGACUGAUUAUGUAUUUUGUGCGCACGCCAUGCGAAUGGGGAAUGGAUGCCAUUUCAGCAACUUUGACUUUUCUUUGGGAAGUAGUGGGCUAUGUGGAAGGACUUUUCUUCAAGGAUCUCAAGCAGACUAUGAAAAAGGAACAGUGUGAAGUAAAGCUGCUUGUUACUGCCUCAAUGCCAGGUACGAAGACUCUGGUUGUUCAUGGACAAAAUGAAUGUGAUAUUCCAACCCAGCUACCAGUCCAUGAAGAUACCCAGUUUGAAGCUCUUUUAAAGGAAUGUCUGGAAUUUUUUAACAUACCUGAAUCCCAAUCUUCCAAUUAUUUUUUAAUGGAUAAACGGUGGAACCUUAUCCAUUAUAAUAAGACAUACGUCCGUGAUAUUUACCCAUUUCGAAGAUCAGUAUCUCCCCAGUUGAACUUGGUACACAUGCACCCGGAGAAGGGGCAAGAACUUAUUCAGAAACAGGUAUUCACACGCAAGCUAGAAGAAGUGGGCCGGGUUCUGUUCCUCAUUUCUCUGACACAGAAGAUCCCUAUCGCUCACAAGCAGUCUCAUGUAUCUUUGCUACAAGAGGACCUUCUUCGUUUGCCCUCUUUCCCUCGAAGUGCCAUUGAUGCAGAAUUCUCACUCUUCAAUGAUCCACAAGCUGGAAAGGAGCUCUUUGGCCUUGACACUCUUCACAAAAGCCUGUGGAUUAAACUAUUAGAGGAGAUGUUUUGGGGGAUGCCCAGUGAAUUUCCCUGGGGGGAUGAAAUCAUGCUGUUCCUGAAUGUAUUCAAUGGGGCCCUGAUCCUACAUCCUGAGGACAGUGCCCUCUUGAGGCAAUAUGCUGCCACAGUAAUCAACACGGCUGUGCAUUUCAACCACCUCUUUUCUCUCAGUGGAUACCAGUGGAUCCUCCCCACUAUGCUGCAGGUAUAUGCUGACUAUGAAAGCAACCCUCAGCUGCGACAAGCAAUUGAGUUUGCCUGCCGCCAAUUUUACAUUCUGCAUCGUAAACCCUUUGUCCUGCAGUUGUUUGCCAGUGUGGCUCCACUCCUGGAGUUUCCUGAAGCUGCACACAAUGGACCCAGCAAGGGGGUAUCAGCUCAGUGCCUUUUUGACCUAUUGCAGUCCUUAGAAGGAGACACUCCAGAUAAUCUGGACAUUCUAGAAUUGGUGAAAGCAGAAAAGCCUCUAAAAUCUUUAGAUUUCUGCUAUGGCAAUGAGGACCUUGCUUUUUCAAUCAGCGAGGCUAUCAAAUUGUGUGUAACUGUUGUGGCAUAUGCUCCUGAGUCAUUCAGAAGUCUUCAGAUGCUGAUGGUCCUUGAAGCCCUGGUGCCUUGCUACCUGCAGAGGCUUAAGAGGCAAACUUCCCAAGUGGAGACAGUGACAGCAGCUCGAGAAGAGAUUGCUGCUACUGCUGCUCUUGCUACAUCCUUGCAAGCCCUCUUGUACAGUGUGGAAGUUCUUACUAGGCCAAUGACUGCCCCUCAGAUGAGUCGCUGUGAUCAAGGGCAUAAAGGAACUACUGCUGCUAACCAUUCUAUGUCAUCUGGUACAAACACCAGGUACCCAGAGCAAGGAGCCAAAUUGCACUUUAUCAGGGAAAACCUUCACUUGCUGGAGGAAGGCCAAGGACUUCAGCGGGAGGAACUUGAUGAACGCAUUGCUAGGGAAGAGUUCAGGCGUCCCCGUGAGUCCCUGUUGAAUAUCUGUACUGAGUUCUACAAACACUGUGGCCCCAGACUUAAGAUUUUGCAGAACCUUGCUGGAGAACCCAGGGUGACUUCGUUGGAACUGCUGGAUGUUAAGUCUCACAUGAGAUUGGCAGAAAUUGCACAUUCCCUUCUGAAGCUGGCACCUUAUGACACCCAGACAAUGGAGAGCCGUGGGCUCCGGCGAUACAUCAUGGAGAUGCUGCCCAUCACUGACUGGACGGCCGAGGCAGUGAGGCCUGCCCUUAUUCUCAUCUUAAAAAGACUGGAUCGUAUGUUCAAUAAAAUUCACAAGAUGCCUACUUUGAGGCGACAGGUUGAGUGGGAACCUGCCAGCAAUUUGAUUGAAGGGGUUUGUUUGACACUUCAGAGGCAGCCAAUCAUAUCCUUCCUGCCUCAUCUUAGGUCACUGAUCAAUGUCUGUGUCAACCUGGUGAUGGGAGUGGUAGGACCUUCCAGUGUGGCCGAUGGAUUACCCCUUCUUCAUCUCAGCCCUUAUCUCUCGCCACCUCUACCCUUCAGCACAGCUGUUGUCCGGCUUGUAGCAUUGCAGAUUCAGGCAUUGAAAGAAGAUUUCCCCUUAAGCCAUGUGAUCUCCCCAUUCACCAAUCAGGAGAGAAGGGAAGGAAUGCUUUUAAACCUACUGAUCCCAUUUGUGCUCACAGUAGGAUCAGGAAGCAAAGACAGCCCUUGGCUGGAGCAGCCUGAAGUCCUCCUGCUGCUUCAGACUGUCAUUAAUAUUUUGCUGCCACCUCGCAUUAUCAGCACGUCUCGCAGCAAGAAUUUCAUGCUGGAGAACUCCCCUGCCCACUGUUCCACACCAGGGGAUGCAGGAAAGGACCUACGUAAAGAAGGGCUAGCUGAAUCCACUAGCCAGGCAGCCUACCUGGCUCUGAAAGUGAUCCUUGUCUGUUUUGAGCGGCAGCUUGGCAGCCAAUGGUAUUGGUUGAGUCUGCAGGUCAAAGAGAUGGCCUUGCGAAAAGUAGGAGGGCUGGCCCUGUGGGAUUUCCUGGAUUUUAUUGUCCGCACUCGAAUUCCUAUCUUUGUGCUUCUUCGACCCUUCAUUCAGUGCAAGUUGCUAGCUCAGCCAGCUGAGAAUCAUGAGGAACUAACUGCCCGACAGCACAUUGCCGACCAGUUAGAACGGCGCUUCAUCCCACGCCCUCUCUGCAAGAGCUCCCUUAUCGCUGAAUUCAACAAUGAACUGAAGAUCCUGAAGGAGGCUGUGCACAGUGGGUCAGCCUACCAAGGAAAGACUUCUAUCAGCACUGUGGGCACUUCCACCUCUGCCUAUCGCUUGAGCCUUGCGACCAUGUCACGCUCCAACACUGGCACAGGAACUGUCUGGGAACAGGACAGUGAGCCUUCCCAACAGGCUUCCCAGGAUACUUUAAGUCGGACAGAUGAAGAAGAUGAAGAAAAUGAUUCAGUGAGCAUGCCCAGUGUGGUAAGUGAACAGGAAGCGUACCUUAUGGGUGCCAUUGGGAGGAGGCGAUUCUCCAGCCAUCUCUCCAGCAUGUCUGCACCUCAGCCUGAGGUUGGCAUGUUACCCAGCCAAAGUGAACCUAAUGUCCUCGAUGACUCCCAAGGCCUGGCCGCUGAAGGCAGCCUCUCUAGGGUAGCAAGUGUGCAGAGUGAACCUGGACACCACAACCUCCUUCUUCAGCAACCAUUAGGGAGAAAAAGAGGUUUGAGGCAGUUAAGAAGGCCUCUUUUAUCACGACAGAAAACACAAACUGAGCCUCGCAGCCGUCAUGGUGCACGACUUUCUACCACACGUCGAAGCAUACAGCCAAAAACAAAACCAACUGUGGAUCAAAAGCGAUCUGUAACCUUCACUGAGGCUCAGUCAGAGGCAUCAGCCUCAAAAUCUGAUCCAGCACCAAUAGCAACCCAGCAACAAAGCAGCAAAAGGAACAUCCCAGUGGGAGCUGGCAAGCAAGAGGUGACAAAUAAACCUGGUGUGACGUCCUCGCCUGCUGUUACUGUGGCAGAUCUCCACAGUCAAGUCUCCUCCAGUCAGACUGCAACACCUUCUGCUGAAAAAGAUAAAAAGGAUGAGGACCCAGAGCAAAAGCCACUGCAAGCACACAGUUCCCCUCCAGCCUCACAGCUUUCUGACACUGAGGAUUUUACAGGACUAGAGACCACCAGCUUACUGCAGCAUGAAGACACUGUUCUUCACAUCAGUGAAGAUAACGGAACAGAGAAUCCCCUGCUUUCUAGCCAGUUCAGCUUCACACAAGUUGAAAUGGGGCAAACUGACGUUGACCUAGAUGAGUCUCAUGUUUGACUUGGGAGAUGAGCUGUAAUGUAUUAGAACAGUAGUUCCCAAUCAUUUUUCACUUGCAUACCACUUCGCAUCUCAUUUCCAUAAAUUGUGCCCUUUGUAUUAGCAAAAUGUUUGUAAUUAUUAUAGUUAUAUAACAAUUAUAUAAUUGUUAUUUCUCCCAUUGUUACUUUUUUUUGUUUUUUGCAUACCAUAAAUGUCCUGGGUUGUACCCCUGGUGGUACUUGCACCAGGCUGGGAAUCUC